CUCCAUCUCCUUAGCUCCACUUGUUAUCAAUCCUCCUGUCUUUCCGGAUACAAACACCUUCUCACCUAGGCAUCUUAAUCGUCCGUAGCCGGAUCUGUUACUUGGCAUUAUCAUUUUAAUAACUCCUAGCUGUAUUCUAGUGGUGUAAUAUUUGGAAUCACCCUUAUCCCUCAAUACUUGAUUUUUAUAUACUUCUUGGGAUAAAGCUGUAUCUCUAGUUACCAUGGCAAACGAUUGGAAAACGAAUUACGUCGAUAAAAUCCUUAUGGCGUCCGGAAAUUUAACACACGCGGCUUUAGUCGGAUUAGAUGGCGCAAUUUGGGCAGCCUCGGAUGACUUUAAGAUUAGCAGCGGUGAAGCUGGAUUCCUUAUUCGAGGGUUGUCCACCGCCGAGUCCCUGCGAGAAAACGGUGUUCUCAUUGGCGGUGUGAAGUACGUGCUUCUCCGGGCAGAGGACAGCUGUGUCUUGGCGCGGAAAGAGGGAACAGGGGUAUGCGUUGGCAAGAGCAGCACAGCCCUCGUCAUUGGAGUAUAUGGAAAGGAUCAUGUACCCGGAAAAGCCAAUACAACCGUACAGGACCUGGCGCAGUAUUUAGUUGGUCAGGGCAUCUAGGAUUUGCCCAUUUUUUCUGAAGCAACACAAGGACUUAUUAUCAUAUUUUGUUGGCAAUAAUGCCUAAUUUACCAUUCAUAUCUAUUAUUUUGUAUCUAUAUGGGAACUAUGAAUCAUAUAAUCCAUAUAACACCGAUGAAUGAAAGUUUAUUCUCCCGAAAACACCGUAUCGCGAAGAACGGAAAUGGCGAGGGGGUGAUGCAUUAAAGUGGAAUGAUCCAUAUUAGCUUCGUUGAUUGGUUGAAAGUUUUUCAAGACUGCUCCACUAUUGCUUGGAGGGAUGCAGAACAAGCUUCGGAGGCGUGUCAGCGGCGUAUGUUGUAUAAAAACCUCCGGUAUCGGAACAGUCGUGAUGUUACUCGACCAUUUAUAGAGGUGGAUUAAAUAAGCUUAUUAUAUCCAUCUCUUUGCACUCUAUAAUCCCAAUCUCAUCUUCAUUUUUUGGGGCAAAACGUUGUUUAACGAUUGCCAGAUUGUAAAGUUCUUAAAAAUCGAAACUGUUUUCCUGCAAUAUCUGGCCAAAUAUCAGGACACAAUAUUGCUUUGAUAAAUAAUUCGUCAUGCACACGUUAUCUAGAUUUCAUUCUCUGAUAAAAAAAUUUGAUUAUCCUUUCAACUUCAAUCAUUUUCGGUGUAUACUGAAACUGGCGGCAUCGCACAUCACUAUCAAUGGCUACACAACACAUGCACGUAAUUCUUUGGAAAGGGGGAUGUGCAUAAAUUAAUCUGUUUUUCAUCGGACUGGCGUACAGAUUGGGCUGGCUCUCUUCGUAUGCUCUCAACUUUGUAGAAUUUUUUUUGCCCCAUAUGCCAUUCUGCCCCCUCAAAAUGUUGGCUCAUUAUGAUACUCGCUCGUUGUGACUCCAUUCUUGAAUGCUUCUAAAAUACAACAAUAAGCUGCUAAAAGCUGUCUUUAAACAACAAAGUAGCAUUCAUUCUCCAAUUAUUGCGUAAUAUCAAGGAAUUUGCAAUCAAUCUUCAAUACCCAUAACAUACUAAAUGAAAUAAAUAACAACCUUAGCUGCAUCAACAGAACAGUAGUAGUAUAGUAGCAGCAGCAUCGGCAGUAGUAUAGGUGUAGUAUUAGUCCCGGUAUUAGUAGGGGAGGAAAAGUAAUAUUAAGUUGUAGUAGUGGUGGUAGUAGUAGUAGUAGUAGUAGUAGUAGUAGUAGUAGUAGUAGUAGUAGUAGUAGUAG